CUCGCGCUGGGACCGGGAGCGCUGCGGGAAGCACGGGCUGUAGAGAGGGCGCUGCGCUCGGGCUGCCCAAUGCUUGGACUAUCUGCCGCCGCUGCUCGUGCAAUAUGCUGGAGCCCCAGAACAGCUAAACGGAGUCGCCACAUCGCUGCCUGGGCUGGAUCGCAGCGCUGCCUUUCCUUAUGAAGAAGACACAAACUUGGAUUAUCACUUGCAUUUAUCUUCAACUGCUCCUGUUUAAUCCUCUGGUCAAAACUAAAGGGAUCUGUGGGAAUCCUGUGACUGAUAAUGUAAAAGACAUCACAAAAUUGGUGGCAAAUCUUCCAAAAGACUAUCUGAUAACCCUCAACUAUGUCACCGGGAUGGACGUUUUGCCUAGCCAUUGUUGGUUACACGAGAUGGUAAUACAGUUGUCAGUCAGCCUGACUAAUCUUCUGGACAAGUUUUCAAAUAUUUCUGAAGGCUUGAGUAAUUAUUCUAUCAUAGACAAACUUGGGAAAAUAGUGGAUGACCUUGUGGAGUGUGUGGAAGAAAACUCACCUAAGAAUGUAAAAGAGUCAUCUAAGAGGCCAGAACCCAGGCUCUUUACUCCUGAAGAAUUCUUUAGGAUUUUUAAUAGAUCCAUUGAUGCCUUCAAGGACUUUAUGGUGGCAUCUGAAACUAGUGAUUGUGUGCUUUCUUCAACGUUAAGUCCUGAAAAAGAUUCCAGAGUCAGUGUCACAAAACCAUUUAUGUUACCCCCUGUUGCAGCCAGCUCCCUUAGGAAUGACAGCAGUAGCAGUAAUAGGAAAGCAGCAAAUUCCAUCGAAGACCCCAGCCUGCAAUGGGCAGCCAUGGCUUUGCCAGCAUUCUUUUCUCUUGUAAUUGGCUUUGCUUUUGGAGCCUUAUACUGGAAGAAGAGACAACCAAAUCUUACAAGGGCAGGUGAAAAUAUACAGAUUAACGAAGAGGAUAAUGAGAUAAGUAUGUUGCAAGAAAAAGAGAGAGAGUUUCAAGAAGUGUAAUCGUGGCUUGUAUCAACACUGUUACCUUCAUACAUUGGCUGGUAACAGUUCAUGUUUGCUUCAUUAAUGAAGCAGCUUUAAACAAAUUCCUAUUCUGUCUGAAGUGACAGACCUCAUCUUUAUCUGUUCUUGCUACCCAUGACUUUAUAUGGAUGAUUCAGAAAUUGGAACAGAGUGUUUUACUGUGAAACUGGCACUGCAUUAAUCAUCUAUAAAGAAGAACUUGCAUGGAGCAGGACUCUAUUUCAGGACCUGGGGGUCUUGUGGUCUCAUUCAGAACUUGCAAGUGAUGAUGGGCGAGAAAGCAUGUGUCCCAGUCUGCAGGCACCAUUUUCGCGGCUCCAGAAAUGCUGAGAAACCACACGGCUUUAYUCUACAGUUACCACCUGAAGCCUGUAGUCGUUCUGGUCUCUGCAAGUAGAUGUCAGCCGGGAUAGUAGGGGGAAUACWUUUUUUUUUUCUAAAAGGGAUCUAGAAAACUAUCUUUAAAAAAAAAAAAAAAGAGUAAAAUCUCAGUAGUAUCAGCUACAGUCAGGUGUGGGAAGCCGUGGGAACAGAGGGGUUGGAACAGGUGUUAUCAGUCUUGUAGUUCCUGAUGAAAAAGAAGGGUCUGGUCCUGAUCUCUUCUGACACAGACAUGCGCACCCAUAUCCCACUAGAUUCAUGGACAUGGUGGCUGGCUGGUUCUAUCGAUGCAGGGGAGCCAGUGCUGAAUUAGAACCAUAAUGCCUUGGCAUAGGGAAGACUCUCAGCAUCGCCCCAGGAAGAAUCUAUGAACACUGCCCAGCAGAAGAAUGUUCCCAGGAGGAUCUUUGGCACCCCUCAUGAAGUCGGCCUUUUCUCUUGACCAUUCUAUAGCAUGUAAAUUGUGUUUGCAAAAUAUACUAUGACAGGCUUAUAUUCUAAAACUAUCACACAGUUGUGUAAAUGGACUUGAGAGAAAAUGCUGAAUGUACGAAGGUCCCAUUUUCAAUUUCCACCAUGGGAGAGAGUAAAAAGUAAAUUAUGAUAUUUAGCAUCUAAGGUUAGAAAACCAUACCCACAUGCUAAAUGGGUAUUGAAAAACUAGGUUACUUGGCUUUUACAAGAAUGCAAGGAAUCAGGAAACUUUAUUUAUAGUAUAAUCACCAUUAUCUGUUUAAAGGAACCAUUUAUUUAAAAUCAGGCACUCUAUAUUCAUUAAGGUUUAUGGAUUAAAAAUAAACAAAAAGAGAGCUUUAUGUAGUUAUGCAUGUCAGUUUGCUAUUUAAAAUGUGUGAUGGCGUUUGUCAUGUUAAGAGUGAAAUCGGCAGAAUUCCCAAUAUGUAAAUUGUACUUUUAAGCCAGAAUUUGUAAGACAUUAUGUUGAUUCUCCUGGUCAAUUUUUUAAUAGUUGAAAGAACUUCUGACUAAAGUCAAAGAGUGAUUUUUCUUAGAGUUUUUACUUUGAUAAGGUUCUUCUAGCAGAUCAUGAACAAAUACAUAAAAGAAUCCAAAGCUUUUCAUUCUAAAUCCUUGUGAUAACACCAGUGCCAUGUACUAUAACCAUAAGCUGACCAUUUUCAAUGUAGUUAUACAAAAGGGCAUGAAAAAUUAACUGCUAGCUUUCCUUUGAUUUCAAAGGUCCAAGAAUUUCUAGUGUAGUUGGAUUUUAGCUCAUCUUCACAGCUAAUCUACAUCCAGUUUCAGUACGUGGCCUUUGCUCUUUUUUUAUACCAAAGAGCUCAGCUGAUUUCUAGGGUCCCUUUCUUGUCCAACRUGCUGUGCUUCCUCAAGUGCAGACCAUUUCUUUAUGAUACAAUCCAAGUGCAUUGGGAAGCUGCAUUAACUUGUUCAGGCCCUCAGAUACCCCGUGGUACAAAUGAUUAGUAAUAAAAUUAGAGAUCAGUUUAAUUGCUGAAAGGACCUAGCUCAGUGUGUGGCAUUGAUUGUUUUGAGGAAAAUAAACAUAGGUUAACAUGAGUUUUAGGUGUAGGUGGUAUAUAGAUGGAAAAGAUUGAUACUUCUCAGUCUAAUAGCUUGAUUUAUUUAUCCAGUGGUUUCAGUUUCCUUGGGCAUGUGAAAAUGCUAUUUCCUAGCUUGAGAGUUCCUUAAAUCUAGUUUUGUUCUCAAAGCUAGUAGUUGGAUUUUAAAACACUGAAGGACAUGGUAGUAAUCAAUAGAGCUAAGUAAACAAACUUAGCAGGUUAUGAAAUCUGACAAGGUAAAGAGGGAAGAGUGUAUCCUGUCUAUUAAAUGUAUGGGUUCAUUGAGAGUUACAUGGAUUGCCAAUUUUUGAAACACUAAAGUAUAAUAAAACGCAUGAAUAAUAGAAAAAUGCUCAACAUUAUUUUGGAUGCUAGCUGCUUGGACAUUAACUAUGUCAUAUCUGCUUUGAGAUUAAAAAUUACAUAUAUGUAGAUAUAUAAAUAUAUAUAUCUUUGCUUAUUUUAUCCCAUAUGUGUUCAAAUAUCCUUUAUUAUAAAUUAUGGAAAACUUACACUGAGAUGAUAAACCAUGAAAUCACCUUUGAAAUUGGUGCCAUGUAUCUAAUAGUUCUCUCUUGUAAUAUUUCAAAAUUGUCUUUUAAUUAAAAUGAUCUCAUAUGUCUGCAGAUUYUCAAUUAUACUGAAAGCUCUGCACCUCUUUGGUAGAAACCACGUCURUAGUAAAACAGGCUCUGUGAUAAAUGGGGCCUGCCUGCCCAGUGCUAGUGAAGUGAUCUUCUUAGAUAUGGUUUUAUAAUCUAAUGUGCUUGCCACACUGUCACUUUUAAUGAGUCGGAGGCAAAUUGAUUUUUUAUUACAAUAAUAGAACAAGUAAACUAGCUCUUUAAAAAGGAUUACUUUUGUGAAAAAAUGAAAAUAUGAACAAGUAUAUGUCCACAAUGAAGUAUUUGCUUUUAGUAAGAACUAGACAGACACAUUUCACUGAGCAUUAAGGUAUCUAGAGAAACUUUGUGGCAUAUUUUACUAUUCUAAUUCUAAUUGGGGUUAGAAAUGAACAGAAAAAUCUAUUCUGAAAUAAAUGGAUAUUUCCUAAUGUCCUUCUGCAGCUAGGUUUUGGUUUUCAGAUCUAAUUCUAAUAUGGAGCUUCUAGUCAUUCUGUAUCUAUUCUUCAUUCAGAAAUGGAUUCUUCAUAAAGGCAGUUUGGUAUAGUGGUGUGGAUGUUGGAAAAGAUUUUCAGGAGCCUCCACUCUGCCUUUGUGGCAAAUGACCUUCCUUCUUUGGAUCUCAUUUUUCUAUUCAUCUGUACGGUAAACUUGGAGGUUGCUUCUCUUCUCUGAGGGUGAGUCCUUAUUGCUUAUGAUGGACAAAGCAGAAAAUAGAACAGAAACUCUCCCAUACAAAACAUCCAACUCUAAUCUCUGAAUAAGCAUCUUGACCUUAAAAUGUCAUUGCUGUUUUUUUUUUCUAAUGUAAAUAGGGUCCAUUAGUAAAAGUGAAAUUCAGUCUCAAGUAGGGUGAAUUGGGUAACCAUUUACAUGAGAGAUGGCUUUUAUCUUUGCUUAAAUAAAUAUUUUGGAUCACCUCUGAGGAAUGAAAACAAGUAGUACAUUUUAGUAAGGAAGAGAUAAAAGGAGAUGCAUAUAACUUUUGGAAAUACACCAAAUUAAGCCUUUAAAUGUCCUUAUUUUACUGAAAGCUCACAGUAGAAGAUKUAAGAUGCUCAUAAAGUUUAUACAUGCCAAAAGAUAUUUUAGGACCAAUAUAUAAAAGGAUAAUCCAUAAAUUACAUUUUAGAUUUGGACGGUGGGACAAGAAUUUUAAAGUGACCCAGCUUAUCUUUGAAAUAACAUUAUUUUGAAAUUGGCUUUAAAAUGCUUUAUUUGUGGAGUUUGAUCACACAAUUCAUAGGGUUGCUGCUUUCCAUUAACGAAUCUUGAAAUGCCUUUUUAAAGACAAAUAAUGGUACUUACAUUUUAUAGCAAGGUGUUUCAGAAAUAAUCCAUAUUAAAAUGGAUGCUUAUGAUCCUAAAAUGUUUGCUAAGCAUUGUAAAAAUGUAAAACUGCCAUCUCCAACUACAUUUUAUARUAUUAUUUUUUAAUAAAAUUAAGAUAAUAAUUGUUGAAAAUAAAAACCAUGGUGUUUUCAUUUACUUGAUUUCUGACCUGUAAGACUUAAUGUAAUUUUCCAAUCGAAAUAGCCUAUUUCCUGUACUCUAAGGAUCAAUGUGUGAUUAUAGUGUCCACUUGCCACUGUUUUCUAAAUCAUUGGACUUGAAAAGUAUUCAGAUAUUUAGAUGGAUGCACAGAUGUAUCUCUAGUUCAGUCAUAGAUUGGAGUUUGCAUAUUGUAAUGUAAAUGUAUGUCAACACUAUUCUAAAUAGUUUUAUUAUGACUGAAGUCUAAUUAAAUAAAAAAGGUUGUAAAAUGUGAUGUGUAUGUGUAUAUACUGUAUGUGUACUUUUUAAAAUAGGUAUGUGUCCUGACCCUUUUUUAUACAGGUUUGACUUUGAAAUUACAUUAUAUAUACAUAUACUUUAUUGUUCUAAAUAAAGAA